UCCACCAGCUAGCAUCAGCUACGCCUACGGGCAAGCUGCUGUUAGCAUUUACGAGCUUGCCUUUUUACAACAACACAUGCAUUGGUACUUCGUAUAUGGAGUUUGCAAACUAUAAUGCUGGUCUGCAAAUAUCCAGUGACUUCCCCUAUCCAAGCAAAAAGCCCGACAUAUCGAAGGAAGUACAAGAACAGAUCAGCUACGUUAUCUUAAAAACUACAAAUACACAUUUACACUCAUGCACAUCUAAUGGAUACAAGACAAAACCAAAAAAGUGGUGUGUGAGCAUGGAUCCGACCUGCAGUGCCUCUGUGGCCCCAGCUGGUCUGACGGUGCAGGUGUGUUUCCCCGGGGCCCGAGCUGCUGUUCUGGACAAUCUGAACCGGCAGCGGGAGGAGGGCCGGCUGUGUGACCUCUCCAUCCAGGUGCAGGGCCACGUGUUCAGAGCCCACCGCUGUGUGCUGGCUGCCUCCUCGCCUUACUUUCAUGACCAGGUGUUGCUGAAGAAUGUCACCACGGUCUCCCUCCCCUCAGUGAUGGACCCGGUGGCCUUUGAGAGCGUCCUGAGCUCUGCCUACACGGGCCAGCUGAGCAUCGUGCACGAUGAUAUAGUUAACUACGUCACCGUGGCCAGUUUCCUACAGAUGUGGCACAUUGUGGACAAAUGCACAGAGAUCCUGAAGAGGCCCCGUCCUCCAGUGGAAGCCCCCUCUGGAGAGGCUGCUGUGGCUCACCCCGGCACCGCAUCUCGUCAGCAGUCCCCCAGCAGCACCGACUGCUUAUAUCUGGAGAGGGAGGGAAGAAAGAAGGAGAGAAAGCCUGAUGCCUUGCCUCCUUUAGCCACAUGGAGACGCCCGCAGCAGUUUCCUAGAUGGGGGAGACCGCGGCCCUCCUCAGCCCAUCACUUAGCCGACUCUCAGCUGGACACUCUGCCCAGCUACGCAGAGAGUGAUUACACCAGCUGUGAGGAGUCGUGGGUAACAAGCCAUGCUAAAACCAGCCACUUUGCUCAUGAUGGAGCGGGCCACAAUAGCCGGUGCUAUGGGGGGUUCCCCGGUGGUGAGGCUUUAAAGCAGAAAGUCAGGUUUCAGCAGCGGGGACCACUGCCCAGCACUGAGAGACUGCCUGAGAAGAUUAGAGAGAGCGCUGACUGUGAUGAGACACCAGAGAAGAAGAGGAAGGACAGAAGAGAGAUUGAGGCAGAUGAGGGAGUUGGAAAAGUGGAGGUGGAGAAGAAGGGAAGCUUUGCACAAAUGGGACACUGCGACUUCCACUCAAUUUCAAAUGAGAAUUUAGGCUGUGGUCCGGCCGCAGGAAAAGUGAUUUUGGAGGAGACCAGGGGGAAAGUUCAGAGGAAUGUUCCCAGUGUUCAUGACUGCCAAACAGGUGAGGCAGCUCCAGGCACUUCCUGUGCAGCUUCAGCCCGGCUGCAGUGGCAGACAGCGCCUUGGUCCCAGCCAGAGCAGAGGCCGCAGGAGGGGGGGGGCUGCAGUAAAGAUCAGGAUGAAGAGGAUGAGGAGGAGGAUGUGGACUUUGGAUGCUUCACAGAAGGGGCGUUCAGCAGGGACACAUACGAUGAGAUUGAAGACGGCACGGGACAGGUUUCCCAGAGGCCUCUAGUGCCGGUGUCUCCUGACUUCACCACGGCAGGAACAGAGGUGAACUGGCCCUCCACCAGCGUGGGACAGGGCAGCUCAUUGACCCCCACUUCAAGUCGCCAUGUGUCUCUACCCUCUGCCACAUUGCCGCCACCCUCCUCACCCCCGACCCCCUCUUCAUCCUCCUCAGUGUCGCUCGCUGGCGCCCCCUACAUCGGCAAAGUCCACUUCUGCCACUGUGGCAAAGCCUACACCCUGAAGAGCAUGCGCGACCGCCACGUGAAGAUGCAGCACCUCAACCUGCGGCCCUUCGGAUGUCCUGUUUGCACUAAGUCCUUCAAGAUGAAGCACCAUCUAACCAAGCACCUUAAGACUCACGGGGGGCUGCGGCCCUAUGAGUGCGGCCUGUGUGGGAAGAAGGUCAUCUGGAGGGACAGCUUCCUCCGACAUCAGGCCCGGUGCGAGAGACUGGCCUCCAGCUCCUCGGCUAACAGCAACAACGCUAGCACAGCCGCAGUAGGGAUGGCUGACAGCUACAGUUACGGAUUUGAAGACGGGGGGGCUUUUCUUGCAGCAGGAGGACAGGUGAAAGUAGAGCAGGCAGAUUUUCAUGGGGAGAUGGAGGGCGGGAUGCAGGGCCUGCUGGGCAGCGUGUCGGGGAUUGUGGAUGAGUUAAGAACUCAGUCUCAACAUUUGGACACAGGUAGUCAUGUUUUUAAAGAGGAGGCGAGUGAGAGCUUUGGCGCGAAUUAGUAUCCUAAAUGUGAAACUGUUUAUAAAUAAAUUCAAGAAAGUUAUACUGUAUGAUGACUUUAAAUAUCACAAAGGCUACGGAUGCCUUAAACAGCUAUUGUUUAAAUAUUAAAUUGUCUCUGUUUCCCCAUAAUAACAAAAUGUUUUUUUCUUUUUCAAGAAAAAUAAAUAUUUAAUUUGAAAUCACAAGAAAUCAAUGUUUGAAAAUAUAAACGUAAUAGGCAUAAGAAAACAAAUUCUUGGCAACAUACAACAUAUUACAACACCCGCAAAAUUGAAAAAUAAAUUAAAUUAACCUUUGGGAAAAUGGAGGAAAUAAAAUAAUUAAUAUAUGGCUGUUAUCUUGGAACACAACCUUUUUUAUUCUCAGAAGAUCACAUAAAUAAAUUGUAUUCUCGCAAAAUCAAAUAUAAUGUUUGAACAAUGGCCUUCUAGGGCUUGCGUACUUUUUGAGCAGACACUUUUUUUCCAUGCUCUGCCUUCUUUCUAUGCCAUGGAUAUAUUGAAAAAGGGAAAAAUUGUUAUCCAAGAAACACUCUUAAAGCAAAUGCAGUGUCGCCUUUUUUCACUCCUGCUGUUAGUGUACAUCUGUGUUGUGAAUGUACUUUGAGAGCCCAAUUUAAAAUAGUUUGCGUUUUGCACAUAAAUUAUUUAUAUUUUUUAUUUGUAAUUGAUCUGCAUUAAAAAAUAAAAGCAAGGGUCUAAAAA